AAAGGCAACCGGGACCCGCCCUGCGGGCAGAAAAAAGGGCGCGCCGCGGACGCGAGCCCUGGCAUUCGAGCGAAGGAGCCCCGCCUGCCCGGGCAGGACCCCUGGGGGGGCGGGGCCUGUGGCCGCGGGAAUCCCAAGCCCGCCCUUUUCCCCACCCCUCCGUGUGUCGCCAUGGCCCCAGCUCUGCUCCUGAUCCCUGCUGCCCUCGCCUCUUUCAUCCUGGCCUUUGGCACCGGAGUGGAGUUCGUGCGCUUUACCUCUCUUCGGCCACUGCUUGGAGGGAUCCCGGAGCCUGGUGGUCCGGAUGCCCGCCAGGGAUGGCUGGCUGCCGUGCAGGACCAGAGCAUCCUUGUUCCCCUGGCUUGGGAUCUGGGUCUCCUCCUACUAUUUGUGGGGCAGCAUAGCCUCAUGGCAACUGAGACAGUGAAGGCGUGGAUGUCUCGAUAUUUUGGGGUCCUUCAGAGGUCACUGUAUGUCGCAUGCACUGCCCUGGCCUUGCAGUUGGUGAUGCGGUACUGGGAACCUGUACCCAGAGGCCCCGUGUUGUGGGAGGCUCGGGCUGAACCAUGGGCCACCUGGGUGCCCCUGCUCUGCUUUGUGCUCCACGUCAUAUCCUGGCUCCUCAUCUUCAGCAUCCUUCUCGUCUUUGACUACGCCGAGCUCAUGGGCCUCAAACAGGUGUACUACCAUGUGCUGGGGCUGGGUGAGCCUCUGGCCCUGAAGUCUCCCCGGGCUCUGAGACUCUUCUCCCACUUGCGCCACCCAGUGUGUGUGGAGCUGCUGACGGUGCUGUGGGUGGUGCCCACCCUGGGCACUGACCGCCUCCUCCUUGCUCUCCUCCUUACCGUCUAUCUGGGCCUGGCUCAUGGACUUGACCAGCAAGACCUCCGCUACCUCCGGGCCCAGUUACAGAGAAAACUCCACCUGCUCUCCCGGCCCCAGGAAGGUGAGGCUGAGUGAGGAGCUAACCUGGUUCCAAGCCCUGCACUUCCUCUCCUUUAACAUCCAGGCCCUGGUUGCUUCAGACCAGACACCCAAAUCUGUGGACCGAAGGGGCUGUCCCUUCCCCUGUUUGAGCCUCCACUCGUUGGGCCCAGCUCCAUGCCCUAAAUUCUGAAUUUCAACCACUGGACUCCCAAGAUCUACUUCUCACCAGCCAGGAAGAGGGGAUGGGGAACUUAUCUAUCUCCUCACAGUUUAGGGCUUGACCGCUCCCCCAAUCUUAAGAACCUCCUUAUAAGGAAGAAGGGUGGGCCUGACCACUUCCCUCCCACUGUUACUCCCUUCUGCACCUCAGGGAUCCCCUUCUCCUCCUCUGGCUUCCCUUUCUAGGAGUGGGACCAGGGUCUGCAGGUUUGAUGGUAACGCCUGCCCUUCCAGGCUCCAAGUUCCAGCCCCCCUGGCUAGCCUUGCCAUCUUUAACCUGGUUGAGAGGGUCCUCCCGCUCUUCAUUUUGGGUGACUAAGAGCUCUCUGCUCUCCCGAGGAACGCGCGCAGCAGAAAAAUAAAAUUCAGCCUGUUUUUUCAACAUA